UCCAAGACGUACUUCCCGUACGGACUGAAAACAAUGUAGAGUGUCAAGUUCCGUGCUUUUUUACGCGUCUAAUUUAUUCUGAACUCCACGUGUAAAAAUAAAAUCAAGUGAAGAUUGUUUUACAUUUUUAUUUUCACGCAAUGCAUAAGGAGGACAUGCACGAGGAAUGCGUUUCGUUAGAUUACACCCCAGUCACUCCGUCCAGAAGAGAAUGUACGUACACCAGCUGCUACUGCGAGGAAAAUAUUUGGAAACUAUGCGAGCAUAUCAAGAUCCAAAAAGAAGACUCAAUCGACCACAUCUAUGCAGUUUUCAUAUCCAACGAAAAACGAAUGAUUCCUAUUUGGAGACAGAAAUCUAGCCGUGGUGAUGAACCAGUAAUUUGGGAUUACCAUGUUAUUCUACUGCAUAAAAGCCAAAGUGACCAAAGCUACAUAUAUGAUUUAGACACAGUCCUGCCCUUUCCCUGCCCAUUUGAUGUGUACAUAAGGGAAGCCUUCCGAUCUGAAGAGUAUAUCAAGCCAGCUUUCUGGAGGAAAUUGCGAGUUGUUUCUGCAGACGCGUAUCUGAAGAAUUUUGCAUCGGAUCGGUCGCAUAUGAAGGAUGCCAGUGGGGCUUGGCGAAUGCCCCCACCCCCUUACCCCUGCAUUGAAACAGCAGAUUCAAAGAUGAAUCUUGAUGACUUCAUCAGCAUGCACUCGGGUAUAGGCUGUGGAUGUGUCUACACUCUGACAGAAUUUGUUCAGCAGUUUGGAAAGACAUAAGGAGAAACCUAGUGAUAUUUUGGACAUUUUGAGCAGCACUACACCAAUCAGGCAAGCUCUGCGUAAUGAGGAAAAUAUCUUGAAGAGAUUGUAAUAUAUGUUGGAAAUUUGUAUAAUUGGUAUGCGGGCAAAUUAUAAUGUGAUAGAAAACCAAAAACUGUUCUAAAACAAUGUCUACACAGGCCAACAGUUUCUUAUUUUAAGAAGCAGGAUUUUCUGCUUUACCCACUAUUUUCUACUUGGGUUAUACUGAAUGCAAAAUAUAAGGGAAGAAAAUUGACAAGCAGAAAAUGACUACUUCAAAGCCAUUAAAGUAGUGAAAGAAUUUUUUACCAUUUUUACAUAGCAUUACUCACUCAUUCAAGUACUGAUUGCAUCAAUUCAUAUUUUCAGAAAUUUCUAUGUUUUUGGAUAAGUAAAACUAUAUUCAGGCAAGAACUUUAGAAAAAAUGGUGUAUCAGCACAAGACACUGGGAUACUUGUAAUGACCUGUAUUUAUUAUUUGUUUUUACUGAGGUAAGAA